AUGUCCGCAAUGCGUGGGGACGACGACCGCAAGGCAGUUCUCCUCACAACCGCGCGAGUUGACGUCAUCAAUCACCACGGCAACCCGCACACCGUGCGCGCUCUGAUAGACCAGAGGUCCGAAGUCUCUCUAAUUUCCGAAUCCUUGGUGCAACGAUUGCACUUGCCAAGAUCGCGCUUGUCCAUGUGUAUUUUUGGGAUCGGCGGUUCGCGGUCCGGAGUUUGUCGCGGAAGGGUCUCACUCACUCUGACGUCGAAGGUUAAUGACGCAAAAAUUACCGCCGUCGCCUUUAUUGUGCCGCGCCUCUCUCUAUCAGGGCACAAUGACGGAACGCAGUGGCCGCAUCUUCGCAGACUCCAGUUAGCGGAUCCGGACUUCCUAGCCAACGACGCAACCGAGCUGCUUCUCGGGGCCGAGUGCACGGUCGAUCGCAACCUGUUCGAGCUCGUUCAGCGGUUUUGGGCUCGGGAAAAGGAAUCGGCUCCUUGUGUGCUCCUCACCCUCGACGAGCAACUGUGCGAGAGCAUGUUCGUGCGGUCUCACAGGCGCACCUCCCUCAGUCGAUACAUGGUGCAAUUACCGUUUGCUUCCCCUCCUACUUCUCUUGGUGAAACCCGCAGGUCAGCAGAACGACUGCUGGCCUCCAUGGAACAUCGAUGCGACGUUAACACCCUGUUCGGAGACCUGUAUCGUGCUUUCCUGAAAGAAUACGAGGAGCUACAGCACAUGAAGCUGGUAGCCAAUCAUUUGGACGCAGCCACGUGA